UGAAUCUGCUGCUUUUUGUCUCCUGGUGUCACGUUGUCAGCUUUCACUUUCUUGUGGUCUGAGGGAGGAGGGAGAAGAGGAAGAGGUCAAUGACAGCUCUUCAUCACCAGUCAUAGAGAAAUUAUACCUUUGUGGGGAGUGGACGCAACAUCCGAGGAGGAGAAGUAGCUCCCUGAACAGUUUUUACAAGUUAAAGAAAACCCUGCUGACGACCCCACCCACCACACAUCCCACCACACGACCCACCACACGUCCCACCUCAGUAACAAGCAACUUUAUAUAAAAGGACAGCGGCACAAACAGGAACUAUUGAGCGGCAGUCGGGCCGCCAACAAAUCUAGCAAUGGGAAAGAUCAUAUUCUACGAGGACAGGAAUUUCCAGGGUCGGCACCAUGAGUGCAUGAGCGACUGUGCUGACCUGCACCCCUACUUCAACCGCUGCAACUCCAUCCGGGUGGAGAGCGGCUGCUUCAUGGUGUAUGAGAGGCCCCACUACCUGGGCCACCAGUUCUUCCUCCGCCGGGGGGAGUACUCGGACAACCAGCGGAUGAUCGGCAUCAACGACUGCAUCCGAUCCUGCCGGAUGAUUCCCAUGCAUCGUGGCUCCUACAAGAUCCGACUAUAUGAGCGUCCAGACAUGGCCGGCCAGAUGCAGGAGGUGAGCGACGACUGCCCUAACGUCCAGGACCGCCUGCGCAUGUCUGACAUCAACUCGUGCAACGUGGUCGACGGCCACUGGCUGAUGUACGACCAGCCCAACUACCGGGGCAGGACCUACUACCUGAGGCCCGGCGAGUACCGCAGAUACAUCGACUGGGGCGGCGCCAGUCCGAGGAUCGGCUCGCUCAGGCGAAUCACAGACUUCAACUAGGAGUCUUGUAAACCUUCUUUCUCUGUCUGUUUUCAAUAAUAAA